UCGCGACAACUCGUCACAAGAAGUCGCCGGAGAGCACUAGACUUAUGGCGGCCGUCGUCCACCACCGUCAACUCCACUAGAAACGUUUUUUAUGUCCCUGCAGAACCGCUAGAGUGGUGCUAUGUCUUCGGGAAUGACUGGUCAAACACCGUGCCUAAGUAGAUGGGAUCAGACGACAGUACCUAAACAGAGUGUAGACGUGAGAAGCAGUGAAAAUGCAGCCCACCCAGUCUCAUUAUCUGGAGUUGUCAGCACCGCUGGUUCAACUACGACACUUUCCCAACAAACGGGAGAAAACCCUGCGCCUCAGGGAGGGGUGGAGAUGGCUGCAGCCAUGGCUGCUAAGAUAAAUGCCAUGUUAAUGGCAAAAGGAAAGCUACUGACUCCUCCUCCAUUACUUGCAAAGAUGUCUCGAAAAGUGCCUGUGUCAACCCACACAGAAGAGAUGGUAGUCACAGAAGUCGACAUAAAUGAUGUACCGAUAAAUUGUCGCGACCUUCUUACUAAAGGCAAAACACAAGAGGAGAUCCGGAAGUGUAGUGGAGCAGUCGUUUCAACAAAAGGCCAUUUCAUGAGUGAUACUGAAAAGGGACACGGAGUAGGACACAGACCCUUGUAUUUGCAUGUCCAGGGAAGGACCCAAGAUAACGUUAAUAAGGCUGUGAUAAGGAUAAAGGAGAUCAUCUCUGAGGACCUGUUGAGAGCAUCAGCAGCAUCAGGUGGACGAACGGUGCCGGUAAUGCCUGCGCUCACACUCUACCCUCAGCCCCCUCGGCCGGUUAUCUCCUCUUCACCACGGAUGCCAAACGCCAACUCAGUGCCAGGACAUCGGCCUUCAGCUCCUUAUUCGGGGAGUUUUGUGCAUACAAAGAUCUUUGUGGGUCUGGACCAGACGUUGCCUUCAUUUAAUGUGAAUGAGAAGGUGGAAGGUCCGGGAGGUUCCUACCUGAGUCACAUCCAGACAGAGACGGGGGCUCGAGUCUUCCUUAGGGGAAAAGGAUCUGGCUACAUUGAACAAGCAUCUAAACGAGAGUCUUUUGAGCCUCUUUAUGUUUACAUCAGUCACCCAAAUGCAACUGGAUUGGACGCAGCCAAGAAACUCACUGAAAGUCUUCUGGAAACUGUGAGAGACGACCAUACCCGAAUGGUGUCGAUGUACACGGCCACCGGCUCAACACAAUCAUACCCAGCACAUGGAUAUCCCCCUAAUAGCAAUUACUCUAGCCAAGGGUCCUGGUAUAACUACCCAGCAAAUGGGUAUGCUGGUGGCUAUUCAGCGUAUCCAGGAGACCGUGGUUAUUGGAGUAAUGCAAAUGGUCCACCAAGUCAUUCUAACAUGUCGACAAACCCUCCAUCUUCUCAGGCAAUGGUUCAGUAUCCGGUGUGUCCUAGGAAACCACAUCCCUAUCUCGUCCAGGAUCCUGGCAGCAGUGAGACAGUGGAGCCCGAAGAACCUUUAAAGACACCGCCUGACUCGGAGAGUCCCAAACGUCAGUUCCAUGAGGCAGCUGAGGAGGAGCAUCCCACCAGCCGCCCUGUAGAGGGUCCUGCUCAGGAGCCUGCACUUCCUGCCUCCAGUGCUCGACAGGAAAAAGCUGUAGAAAGAAUUCUGAUGCCGCCGCCACCACCGGUCUUUGUGGCUCCUGCCCCCGUUGAACGCAAAAGGCAGAGAGAGACAGACCAUCAAGCCAUUCUGCCCGGCAACACCGCGCCGAUGGGUGUUCAAGAGGAUGUGUGUGAGAAGAAGUCAAAAGUGGACACAGAUGCGUCUGGGCUUGUGCCCUAUGGAGGCGACUCCUCUGAUGAAGAGGAGGAGAGGACACAAAGCAGUAAGAGUGAUAACUCCUAACACUUACCCUGCCCCAUCCCCACAGUCCAGGAUACUCUCAGACAAACUCUACAGUCAGUAUGUGUCUGCAGUUCUCGAACCCAGACCCCAUUAAAGGAAAAAUCCACCUUUGUGUUAUCAUGCUCUGUUUUAAGACUACACCAGUAUAUUUUCAUAUUUACAACAAAUUGGGGGCUUGCUUUUAUUCUUUGGGUAAAAUGUUAUUUUCUUCCAUCCAAGCAGAUAACGGUUCAUUCUUCUCUCUAAAGUAUUAAACCCCACUUGUUUGCAAUGUAUGGUGUGACUUUGUCCACAGACAUCAAUGAAGACGCUUUGUGAGGUUAAAGCUGCAAAUAUGGCAUAGAUCAGGAUUUGGCAAAUUCUGAGAUGAUUCAUCACAGAUGCAUGACACAAUCACCAAAAUAAUAAUCGUUAACAUGGUGAUGACGACAAUAAGUUACUCUCUCCCUCACUUGGUGGUGUAGGCGCACUUUCUCACGAAUUUCCCUUCACUUAUGGAAAACUCACUUCUACCGUUUCAAACAUUGACUGAAUUUAUGGCUUCAGCUGAAAAUGUGUGCCUGAUAAUGGACCCGACUUGCAAAGAAAGACACGCUUCAAUCCUACACAUGGAAAAGUGAACACAAACAUCAUUUUCAAAUAAAGGAACAGAGUGCCUGAUCCUGAUUGAUGGUGAUCGUGGAUGGAUGAAAACAGACCGGCAUGUGGUUGAUAGAUGAUUAUGUACUGUUCCAGUUCAGUUUUAAAUUACUUGUAUGCUGUUUGAAGAUACUUACAAAUACACAUUGGCAACAGCUUUUGAUGUUUGCUGCUUUCCUGGACUCAUAAGGCUUUUACUUUUCUUGUCCUGUAUUUCCUUUGUGCACAUUGUUAAAUUUGUUUUCUCCUAGCUUCUCAGAAUGCCUCUUUGAUCCCUAACACAUUUGGUGUGAACAAGUUUUAGCCAAAAGUUGUUUUUAAAUAUCCACCCACAUAGCAAAUGUAAAUAUAGAUGCCCUGUAAACUACAACGCUGUUAUGUGCAUUUUUUUUUUUUUUGUGGCCAAAUGGCACACAUUGUGGCUGAAUGUCGUGUAGGAGCUUGAGGAUUUGCUUUUAGAGAAUACAAAUCCCCUCUGUGUUCCUGUCUUGAUGUUUUCGCCACUCCGUUAAACAAAUGGGUCCAGAGAAGCACAUCAUCAGAAGCCAACAGUGGAACUAUUCAUGGUGGAUUUUUCCUUUUUAAAUAUUAAACUUUAUUUUCUCUUAAAACAUCUUUUUUAUUUUUCAUUGCAUCUUGUUAAGCCAGCACCUUAUUUCCUCCUUUAGACACUUGCUGCAGAGUUACUGAUGAUAUAAGAGCAUAUUGUAAAAUUCAGUGAGACUUUUUCUUAUCUUGGAAAAUGGUGUUUGCCUGUUCCCAUGGAAUAUAAUAAAAACUGAAAACCCUUUA